AGAUUAUAAAACCGAGGAUCGCCGUAUGUCUUCUUGUACCUUCCACACAUUUAGUCCCUACCACCCACGGCCACCAUCUGCUGCUCCCGAAGCAGAGGCUCAUACAACGGCGUCAAGCCUGGAGCUUUAAAGACAGCAACGGGGGUAUCCCGUUUAAAGCACCACGGUUCCUAAGACAUUGGAUUAGCUGUGUGAACUUUAUCACUAAAGCUAAAACCACCGUUGUUGCCGCCAUCCACCAGUCCCACAAAUCAGAACAAAAUGGUGCAGAACAAGAUCACCGAAGUUACCGGAUUCCAUCGCUCUUUUAAGGGCCAAAAUCCCUUUGAAUCUGAGGAAUUUUCCAAAACAGGAUCCCAUCUCCUUGAAUCUGCCUUCAAUUUUGAUUGUUCCGCCCGACUUGCACUGCCUGUGAUUCAGUUGAUCGAUAUCCCAGAUGCCAAAAAGAGAAACAAGAAGAAAAAGAGAUGCAGGGCAACAGACAGCUUCUCAGGGCGAUUUGAGGAUGUAUAUAAACUGCAAGACGAGGUGCUGGGAGAAGGGGCCUAUGCCAGAGUCCAGACCUGCAUCAACCAAAUCACCCACAAAGAAUAUGCUGUGAAGAUCAUUGAGAAAAGGCCAGGACACAGCAGAAGUCGUGUUUUCAGAGAGGUGGAAAUGCUGUACCAGUGUCAGGGCCACAGAAAUAUUCUGGAGCUGGUGGAGUUCUUUGAGGAGGAGGACAAGUUUUACCUUGUGUUUGAGAAGCUGAGAGGAGGUUCUGUCUUGGCCCACAUUCACAAGAGGAGAUACUUCAGUGAGCAGGAAGCCAGCAUUGUGGUGCAGGACAUUGCGAGUGCACUGGACUUCCUUCACAAUAAAGGAAUGGCCCACAGAGACCUGAAGCCUGAAAACAUCUUGUGUGAACACGAGGACAGGAUUUCGCCUGUGAAGAUUUGUGAUUUUGAUCUGGGCAGUGGAAUUAAACUCAAUAGUGACAGUUCGCCCAUCUCCACUCCAGAGCUCCUGACUCCAUGUGGAUCUGCUGAAUAUAUGGCGCCGGAAGUUGUGGAAGCCUUCAACGAGGAGGCCACCAUCUAUGAUAAGCGCUGUGAUCUGUGGAGCCUGGGUGUUAUCCUUUACAUCAUGCUGAGCGGUUACCCUCCCUUCGUGGGGUGCUGUGGAAGCGACUGUGGAUGGGAGAAUGGAGAACCUUGUCAAGCGUGUCAGAACACCUUGUUUGAAAGCAUCCAGGAGGGCAAGUAUGAGUUUCCAGAGAAAGAGUGGGCUCAUAUUUCCUCCAGUGCCAAAGACCUCAUUUCCAAACUUCUUGUGCGGGACGCCAAGAAGCGUCUUAGCGCUGCUCAGGUUCUCCAGCACCCCUGGGUACAAGGGUGUGCCUUUGACUGUCUCCCUUCCUCUAUCCUGCUGCAAAGGAACAGCAGCACUAAGGACCUGACGUUCUUUGCGGGUAAGGCUGUUGCCAUGAACCGGCAACUAGCGGAGCAAGACGACCUAGAAGAACAGCAGCUACAGGACUCCCCUCAGGUCGUUACAGCUGGUGCCACGUCCAUGCGUCUCUCCCCUCCCUCCAACUCCAAACUGGCCAAGCGCAGACAGAGGAGUAGCCUGCUAAAAGGAGCGCCUGUGUCUGCCUCCGAGCUCAGGCAGCUCCUGGCACCGCUGGUCAUCGUGGGAGACUGUGCUUGAUCGGUUGAGCUGGGCUCCCCGUGAGCAAUUUUCCAAUUUCAAAUGGACGAAGUAUCUGCUACCUUUUGUGCAAAUCCCUCUCCAUUUUUUCUGCCCACUUAAAUGGGACCCAGCCCUUUCCUAAAUGAUGGUUCAGUUUGUGCCUGUUGCAAAUCCAGUUUCCUCCAGCAAGAGCUCCUACAGCACUUUGAUCAACUCGACAGCAUGGCAAUUACCUUGCGAGCUCAAGGCGAAUGAACUGGACUCCGUUUAGGAUAGAGAUUGGGUUACACAAGCCAUUUGGAAAUUUGUCUAAAGGUAGAGCGUAAAAUACCAGCUCAGACACCAAAGGUCUAAUACCUCCCACCCCACUCCCUGAACCUCUUUUUGUGCUGCUUCCACGUUACAACUGGAUCCACUGUGAAUUUUCUCUGUGAGAGAUACAACUGCAUUUGUUUUUCAGGAAUGUUUUUCCUGUGUGUGUAUGUGUGUAUGUGUGUGUGCAUAAAUCCCCCUCUCCUUCAGCAGAUACUGAAGAUACUGGUAUGUGCUUAUGCAACCCUGAUGAAGGCUAUUAUGACUUGCAUUACUUUAGCAGAUAUCUUGUAUAAGUGGAGCGAAGCUCUGAUAAUAGUGCCUCACCUAAUUUAAUGCAUCGCUGUCCUUCCCCCACAGCCUUUAAUUGCGACAAGAAAAUCCCCUGACUUGACCGUUAGGAAUAGCUAUUUUUUCUUUGUUAUUCAAGCACAUCCAGAGUGUGUCCUUAUAGCUAGACUAUCCCAGCAGUCUGCUUUGAGACAUGGGUUCCCCUAAUUGAGGAACUGGUAAAUGCAUUUGAUUUAAGGUGUAAGUGAGGUUUUUGCAAGACUUGGAAUUGGAAUUGCAGCAUCAGAUGCAUCCAAACCGAUGUCUAGGAAACUCUAACGUUUCCUGUAAAUUUCACCAAAACUGAAUCAAUAACCGAUAAGAGUGACUAUAAACAUUUCAGAGCACAACUGGGAUCAAGUGCAUGCUGGGAAGCAACCAGGUGGUUGCACAAGCACACGUUUGCCAGUGUGACUACAUGAAUGUCGACGGUCGGUAUCAGAGAUUUGAGGCUUUGAGCUUGUACCCCACUUUAAAGGGGCCAUUAUGGUACAGAAACAUCAAACUGUCAGAUUGUGGAUGCCACCAAAAAGCAAACUAUAUAAAUAUUAAGAGGG